UAAAAAAACCCUUAUAUAAUUUUUUUUUACAAGUUAACCAUCAUACUUUCUAAAACUGUUUGAAAUACUUAUUUUAUCCGGUUGACCAGUUGUUGGUUUCGUGGUAAUAGUUGAAGGUUUGCAAUUCCUGGGAAGACUUUCUUCUUCUUUACUUUUUGUUUUUCGAUGGCAGCAGGAGGGUCUCGGGUUGAGAUGACUCUUGACAAAGUGAAGGUUGGCUAAGAUGUGCUCGAAGAAGCUGGAACAAACGAAGAUGUGAGUGGUUCUCGGUUUUAAUGGCUUUCACGAGGUGUGGAUUUAGAAGGUAAAGGCUGGAACUGUUGUGGUUCGUGGGUCUCGGUUUGGAGGUAAAAACGAAGGCAACGACAACGAUUUCGAUGGAGAUGGUGGUUGGAACGAAAAAUGAAAAGGUCUUUCGGCUUCUUGGUGAUUCGAUUUUCUUUUCCUUUUUUCCUUUUCUGGUUAGUUGCAGGUCCAAACAAAGAUGACGAUGAAUAGUGACUUCGGUAUUUGGCUCGGAAGAAAAGGGCUGCAACGAGGGAUGGUUGGACAGCAGGUCUCCGGUUCGGGUGGAACAGAGUUGACGGCAACUGUUUUUUUGUUCUUUUCUUUCCUUGGUUGCAAGUCUCAGAAGUGAGGCAGUCCGAGAGGGAGUUCGGCUGGACUGGAACCGACGAAGGUAGCAAGUUCUAGUUCGGAGGUGGUACGAGGAUAGAAGCGAGCAGCAACUGUUUGUUGGUUCCAAAUCAAGCCACACAGGCCGUGUACAAAUUAUUACACAAGACACUGGUCGUUGUCUUUUCUUUUCUUCUUCUGGUUUGAUAAACAAGGUGAUGCUAGGUUGUUUUAAAGAUGGGAUAAGGUGGUGUUUAAUGGCAAUGGUUUAUAAGGUUGUGGUUAACUGAAACACUCUUAUGAUUUUGCAAGUUAUACAGAGACAUAAUCAGCCUGAGAAGCAAAGAAACAAAGGAACCAAUGUGCAGUUCUUCCUACCUCAAGUAUUGGUUCUCAUUUUUGAAUUUAUGUUUAAUUGUGAGGAUGCAAAUUCAAGAAUAAAAAUACUUGGAGACCCGCUUGAAUUGGAAAAUGGAUGGCAAGCAUGGUUAGUUGCUUGAAGCUUGAUAUCUUGAAAACUUGCAAAAUGAAACCAUAACGUGAUGGUGACCCUGAAUUAGUUGAGCAAAAGCAUGUGAAUUUAUGUUUAACAGUGUCCUUACUUCUCAUUGAGUCUUCUGCUUUCAAUUUAUAUGGUGGAUGAACAGUGACUCUAAAGUUACCGGUAGCUUUGGCUUAGCCGGUCACAAAGCAUGAAAACAAUCAAAUUAUGAAAGCAUAAUGGUUAGUUCAAACAAAUAAAUUAUAUAGAGGUUUUUUUAAACAUUAGGUUAUAAUACAUGGGGUUUUUAUGAGAUUUUUCCUUGUUUUUUUAUAUUUUUUUGUCUUUCGGGUCUCAUACGAUAUGUAUUUAUUUUUUUCCUGCCCUUUAUUUUCCACGUGUUCUAUUCUUCUUUCUUUAUUUUCCACGUGUUCGGUUCUUCUUCUUUUCUCUUUCUCUUUCAUUCUUGGUCGCCUUGUGUUUCCAUAGUUUGUUCCUUCCUUCUAUCACAGGUAAUCUUCUUCUGUUCUUCCACCAUUGUUUCUUUGAUUUCGUUUUUUCUUUAGUUCGUUUCUGCUGUGUCGUCGGUCGUUCUUCCUAUGUCUGUUCGACCGAAGCGAAAACCUAAUGACGGUGCUUCCUCCUCUGUUGGAGUUUGCGUUGGUGGCCCUCGUAGGUGUCGCCGUCUUCCAAGGUUUUCUGUUCUUCCCCAACACCUUGAUUGCGGGGACUGUGACUGCGUUUGUGAGUUCUGCGGUGCAUAUUUCUGCUAUGUUGAGAGGGUCAUGAAGUUCUCCACACCUGCUCAUCCGAGGUAUAAUCACUUUUGGUGAGGUUGACGCAUAUUUGUACACCAUUGAGUUCCAGAAGAGAGGUCUUCCCCACUGUCACACUAUUGUGGGUUAAAAGUUUGGACCGGAUUAAAAACGCUACCGAUGUUGACACGUACAGUACAGCCGAGCUGCCAGAUCCAAUCACAUAGCCCGACUUGUACAAGACCAUAACAACCUGCAUGAUUCACGGCCCGUGUGGCCCACUAAACAAAAAAGAUAUGUGCAUGCAAGAUGGUAAAUGUAGUAAACGUUUCCCUAAACCCUUUCUUGACACUGCAUUAUUCGACACGGAGGGAUAUGUACGCUACAAAUGUGGCUUAUCCGCACACCAUACAACCCAAUAUGGACAAUUUAUAGACAACGGAUAUGUUGUCCCCUACAACAAAGGGCUUUGAUCACGAUUCAUAGCACACAUCAAUGUCGAGUACUGUGACUGGAACAUGAUGAUUAAGUAUUUGUUCAAAUACAUUUCCAAGAGAGCAGACCGUUUCAGAUACCCUAUUCAAAAGGCAGAAGCACCCGACGAAUCGUAUGCCGAGACGUCUACAGUUGGAUGUACCACCUCCGAAAAUGAAGAAAUUCAACCUAUAAAUGAGGUGGAAAACUUUUUGGACGGUCGGUACAUAUUCCCACACGAGGCAGCAUGGCGCAUUUUAAACUUCCAUAUACACCAUCGCCACCCACCCAUUCAGACCCUAUCUGUACAUGAAGAAAACAUGCAACAGGUAAUUUUCAAAGGUGACAGUACGAUACCCGAGGUGUUGUCGAAUCCCGUCAGUAGCACAACUACCCUUCUCAGGUGGUUUCACAGCAAUAUGAAAGACCUAAAAGGUCGUGAUCUCACAUACCUAGAGUAUCCAAAAUCUUACAAAUGGGAGAGCUCAUCUAAAUCGUGGAGCCGAAGAGUUGAUAAGUCAUUAAAAAUGGUUGGCCGGCUUGUAUUCGUACAUCCUUCCUCCGGUGAAUUGUUUUACUUGUGGAUGCUACUUUGUCAUCAAAAGGGAUGUACAUCUUUUGAAGACUUACGCACCGUGUCCGGUACAGUUUACCGAACUUUUAGAGGCGCUUGCAAUGUACUUGGAUUGAUUGGUGAUGAUAUUGAAUGGCUUACCGCUUUCACCGAGGCGUCAGUUUGGGUAAAUUCACUACAGUUACGAUCCUUUUUCUGCCACUUGCUGCUUUUCUGUGAAGUCAGCAACCCGGGUUUGUUGUGGGAAACCGCAUGUGAGAAAAUGAAAGACGAUUACAUACAUACACUCAAACGAAAAAUGCCAGAUAAAGACGUUGCUGCCACCAACGACAUAAUCCAGCAACAACUGCUUCAUGAUUUAGAACACACCCUCCGUUCCUCCGUACCAUCUAAAGCAAUGACAGAUUUUGAUCUUCCGAUGCCGUUAGGCGACAUUGUUGCUAUUUUUCAAAAUCGGAUGUUGCUCGAGGAAAUGAGCUACGACAAGGAGUCUCUACGAAAGCAACAUGCUGAACCACUACGACAACUAAACAAUGACCAAAUGUUAGUCUACAAGUUGUUAUAUCCAUAGAAAACAAAAAACAACUACUUAUGUUUGUUUAUGGACACGGUGGUACCAGGAAGACAUUUUUAUGGACCAUGAUUCUCUCUUAUUUUAGAUCGAUGGGAAAAAUAGUUUUGGCUAUUGCUGCCUAUGGAAUCGCGUCGCUAUUGUUUCCUUCUAGAACAACAUCACAUUCGAGGUUCAAGAUACGUACAGAAUUAACCAACAAAAAAUCAUGCGAUAUAAAAAAAAUAGAACAUUACUCGGUGAUCUUAUGCAGCGUGCAUCGCUCAUCAUUUGAUACGAAGCGCCAAUGAGUGAUAGAAGGUGCUUUGAAUUUCUAGACCGUUCUCUUCAAGAUGUCCUGAACUGUGAUGAGCAGCCAUUCGGAGGCCUAUUCGUACUACUUGGUAGUGACUUCCGCCAAACUCUUCCCGUGCUGCCAAAGAGUACACGGGCAUAAAUAAUUGCGCUCACUUUGCAAAGUUCGUACCUGCGACCAUAUUUCAAUAUUCGCAUUUUACGUAAGAACAUGAGACUGUAUUCCUUUGAAAUAACCGACUGCAGUCUAUUGUCUACAUUAGCUUUUGCAACCUGGUUACUAAAUAUUGGAGACGGACGCAUAGGUGUACCUGACAAAGAUGAACCACGUGACUCAAGUUGGAUACGAACUCCAUAUUCACUCUUAAUAUCACCUGGCCCCGACUCUCUACAAACCCUUAUAGAUUUUGUUUACGGAGAUGAUAUGCUUAAUGAUCCGACUGACAUACACCUUUCCGUAAGAUCAAUUGUUUCUCCUACAAAUGAACUAGCCGAUGACAUAAAUACUCACAUUUUACAAAUGAUCAGCACAACCGCCAGGACAUACAAUAGUACGAAGAUGAUGCAGCCAAAUGGGAAGCACACAUCUGAUUUGGAGGACCUGUACCCGGUCGAAUACCUAAACCAACUAAACUUUGUGGGAAUACCACCACACUAGCUUAAACUUAAAGUAAAUUGUCCUAUAAUGUUGUUAAGAAACAUCAAUCAGAGAGAAGGUUUAUGUAACGGUACCCACCUAAUUGUGUCCCAGUUGUUACCAAA